GAUAAUAUUAACAUAUCGUGCCAACCUGUUGUUAAUACAGUUGAAUUGAACGGUUGAAUUGAGAUUGUAUUGCCAACGCCUUUCAACUGGAUUAGAAUCUACUGCUUUUAAUUUGUGCAUGAUUAUUCCCUGGACUUAAUCAAUUUAUCAAGGAUAUUCCCGUAUCAGCUGCUCUCUUUAAGAAGGUUAGUGUUUAUUUUGUAGAAAUCGGAGCUGCAGCUUAUUAAUCCAUACGACGAUCAAAAUAUCAGAUUAUUAACAAACAAGAUGAUUCAACGAUUACUACGUUAUCCACGACUUCUGUUGACUGUGAUUGUUCCAUUGUCUUUGGUGAUUAUCAUAUUUAUGUAUAAUAAUGUUCUUCUCGGCACGUUAAACGUUCCAUUUCCUCAGAUAAAAGUGGGCUUUUAUGGAUCAAAUGGCUUCAAGUCACAGGUCAAAUAUGUCUCAUCUCAGCCAGAUACAGACAAGAAAAGGCUUAUUCUUUGGCUCAAUCCACCUAAUUAUAUUCGCCUAUCUUCAACAUAUAAUCCAAAACAGAAUUGUCCCGAAUUAAACUGUGAAUAUACGUGGGAUCCUUCAAAUUUUAAUUUGAGUGAUAUUGUCAUUGUUGAUUCAUUUAAAUUACCAAGACGGCCGCCACAGAAGCUGCCAUAUCAAAAAUGGAUGUUCUACAUGCAAGAAGCUCCUACUACUGGUCAAGUAAGUCCAAUCUGGAGAGAUAAAUUUGAUUUAACAGCUACCUAUAAGAGAGAUUCCGACGUUCCAACUCCGUAUGGAAUUAUACGACCUCGAGCUGAUAAAUAUGUCCACCAAAACCAAAUGAAUUAUACAUUCAAUUUUAAUGCAAAAAAACGUGCCGCUGUUUGGAUAGUUAGCCACUGUAGAACAUCAAGCAAGAGAGAACAGAUCGUCUCCAUGCUUCAACAUUUUUUCCCUGUUGAUAUUUUAGGAGGAUGUGGCAAAAGGGUUUGCAGUCGACAUAAUGACAAAAAAUGUUUACGGAAAGUAAUUGAAAAAUAUAUGUUUUAUAUAUCGUUUGAAAAUAGUUUGUGUAGAGAUUACGUCACAGAGAAGUUUUUUCGUUACUAUAGUUACGAUACUAUACAGAUAGUUCGAGGUGGUAUUAAUUAUAGCGAAAUAGCACCUGCAGGAACAUUCAUUGACUAUUCAGAUUUUAAAUCGGUGAAUAAAUUGGCAAAUCAUUUAAAUACUCUAGCAGAUGACGAACAGAAGUAUAGUGCUUAUUUAAAGAGAAAAGCGGGAUAUCAGAGUUUGUACGAAUUAUACCAAUAUCAUGCUUCAUUCGGGUAUUAUACACAUCCUCAUUACUUACAGCAACCAUUGUGUGAUAUCUGUAAGUUGACUUUAAAUACGUCACAAACGUCGAAAUAUCCCGAUAUUACUAAAUGGUUUUCUACUGACCAGUGUCGUAAACCAACAGAUAUUAUUUAAAUCUUUAAAAGGUGCUUUAGCUUAUUGACAUAUUUUGUAUAUCGUUUAACAAGGAGUGGGAAUAUAUCUGACGGCAUCUUCACGAAGUCAAGAUAAAACAGUACUACAUCAUAUUUCGAGACGUAGCGCAGUGAAAUUAAUCAAUGGAUAUCGUUGUUCAUAUAAGAGGUUACGAAUAAAGAUUACACCGUAACCACAGUGUUAUGAAUAAAGAUUACUUCGUACCCACAGUGUUUACGAAUAAAUCUCGCAGAUUUUAUAGGUGGGGGAGGGAUGGGGUACCGAUUACUUCCGAGAAAAUAUUUUGUUGUUUCGGGUCACUUACGCUCAUACACCAAUUGAAGAGAGCACACUUAUUAACGUGAUCCUAAACAAGAAGAGGUUAUUGCAGUAUGCCGCAGGUACGGAAUGAGAAAAUUGUGCUUUCUUGAGUAUAUCCGGAGUAAAAUUUACAUCAAGUGGGCCGGAGAUAUACAAAAAUUCUAAAAACAAAGCCAAACGUCCUUGAACUUUACUAAAUUCUAAAAACAAAUCCAAACGUCCUUGCCACAGGUAAUAUUUUAUACCAGUUUCCAAAUUGCCAAGAUAUAAUAUUGACCACAACGUUAUCUUGUAGUACAGAUAUCUAUGACAUACAGUACCGAAGUCAGAGUUUUACUGAAACCGGAAAACAAUAAUAAAUAAUUUCCAGCGCUAGUUUCUAAGAAUUAUCGACACGUCAGUUUGUUGAAAUUUGUUCCACUAGCCUUCCACUGACCACAUUUAAACAAUUGGCGAGACGGAUCUGGCCCGCGGGCCGUGUGUUUGACACCUAUGUUUUAGAACAACUAAUUUUGAAAACGACCCAGUUACCGACUUGUAUUGAAUUCAUUAUCUUUAUAACUAAACAUAUAAAUGGGAGAUAACCCAAGAGAUAUAAACAUUGUAUUGUUCGAACCAUAUGGAUGAUGUCGGGGGCAAAGUGGGAUACGGGUCCAGGACACAAUUUCCACAUCUGGUUAGUCCUUGUUUUAUCAGUCCUAGUAAUCACCCCCCCCCCCCGCCUUCCCUCCAUUCGACUCCAGUGUUACAUCCGUGUUAUUUCCAGGACUGUAACAUUUGUUUGAACCCUCCGAUGAUUUUAAUCUUUAUAACUACACUGAAAAAAACUUGUGUUGAAACAACACAAACUUGUGUUAUUUUCAACACAUGUUAGGUGUCUCUAUUUAACAACACAAUCUUGUGUUAAAUGUUGAAACAACACAAAACUUGUGUUGAAAAUUGUGUGAAAAUCUACACAUUAUAUGUGUUGAAAUUUCUGAAACUUGUGUUGAAAUUUCUGAAACUUGUGUUGUUUCACACAAACUUGUGUAUAACAAAAACUUGUGUUGUAUUUUAUCAAUUUAUAUCCAGUAUAGCAACCUUUCGAAUGCAACCCCUUCCAUUUGUUCUGUUUAAACUGGAAUUAUUGAUAAAUGACAUAAUAAUUUUGUUUGUUAAAUUAUUAUUUAUUCAAUAAAUGAUAUGAAAAUGCCAAAUUAAUACCAAUACGGACAUCUCGAAGGUUAAUAAACAAAGUUAAUUCCAAUACUAAUAAAAUUGUGUUAUACAAUGAAAAAAUAUCUAAGCUAUAAAAUCAAAAGAAUACUGGAAAAACUGAAUGUUAAUGUCAUCUUUACCAGUGGUAUGUCACUUAAAAACCUUAUUAAAGCAGAUGGGAGAAUUGGUAACCAACGGCAAGAUCCGAGAGAUGUGAUUUAUAAGAUUGGCUGUAGCUGUGAUGCCUCGUACAUUGGAGAAACUAAACGACCAAUAUCAGUUCGAGUAAAUGAACACAGACCGGCAACUACAAAUAAGAAAGGAGAUAGGUCGGCAAUAGCUCAGCACAUUAUGGACAACCCUAAUCGUACCAUAAAAUGGCGAGACAAACAGAUACUAGCUAGAAGCAUCAAAUCCAGCAAACAGCUACAUGUUCGUGGAGCCAUUGAAAUCCAUAGGGCACAACCCGACUAUUAAUAGAGACACUGGUCUGUUUAUAUCUAAUGCUUGGGAUGACCUGAUAGUUUAAACACUGUGUGCGAUGUGUCGUCGGAACUUUGCAAUCAUUAACGGCUUUUUGAUAGUAUACGUUAAGAAUUUAAUAGUGACUUCUAACGCUUAACAUACCUAGUGAUAAAUUAUAAUAUGGGUGUUUACUUUCUCCUGGGGUAAUCUAUAUCUAGUAAUUAAAUAACACAAAGACAUAAACACAUAGGACUCUAUCUAAUAUCAUUUAGAGAAGUAUGGCCUGUUAUAUGAUUAAAUACUUAUAAUUGUAAGUUGUAUACCCCCAUUAAGUUGGAAAGAUGGACCGAAGGGGCUAUCUCUAGUUUUUGUAACAUAUUAGUUUUUGUUAUUACUGCCCAUAUCUAAAUUAACAGUUAUGAAGUUAUGAUUAGUAAUAGUGGCAUCAUUAACAUGUGUUAUGGUCAAACCCUAUUAAGGCUGGUCUUUGAUCUUUAGCACUGAUCUUUAGCACUGAUUACCUGUUAUUAUCCUACUAAGGGUGAGAUAUUAUUAUCAAUGUUUGCAUUAUAUAUUUUUAUGGUGAAACCCUGUCACUAUGGUCUUUGAUCAUUAGUACUGGUUACCUGUUAUGAUCCUACUAAGGUUCAGUUAGUUUCAUUAUUACUGUUUGUAUUAUGUAUUGUUAGUUUAGGUGCUGCUAAUGAUGUUAAUGGUUUCUUUUGUUUUUUGUAAUUAAGCUGGUGUAAGUUUUAAUAUGUAUAAAUAGGCUGACUAGAUGGAUAUUAACUUGAAAA